ACAAUUUUUAUGACGUCAACAACCGAAGUGAAGCGAAGGACGUUCUUCCACAGUUGCUAUAUAAAGGCAGAAAGUCGACCGCCGUUAGCUGUGGCCUCGUGUAAGCCGAUUGUUAAAGAAAAAGUUAGUUAUUUUGAGUGUUAUAUAAAUGGCCGCAUCGAGCGUGCCAAAAUUAUAUAAUUCUGUUAUUGAAGAUGUUAUUAGUAAUGUUCGAGAGGCUUUCUUAGAUGAUGGAGUUGAUGAACAGAUUAUUUUGGAAUUGAAACAGAUUUGGGAAAAGAAACUCAAAGAAACAAAAGCAAUUGAAAUAAAAGAACCAGAACAAACAAGUCAUGUUCUCUUACCAUUGCAACAGUCAUCAGGAGGCCAAAUAGUACCUCCAGUGCUUUUACAAAAAAAAGAAAGAAAUCAGACAUUCACCCAACAAAUAACUUUAUCUCCAGCAAAUCUGCAGCAAACAUCAAUUCAGUAUGCACCUGGAGAUAUCAAUCUUGGAGGACAAAAAACUUUGACUCUUGCUAUGCCACAAAAGGUAACAAUUGCUAUUCCUGGUCAAAUGAAUCAUGGACCAAUUCAAACUGUUAUGUCUGUACCUGGAUCUGCUGCAACACUGUCUUUACCUUCAGAAAUUGUUACAACCAGCCUAUUUCCACAAGCAGCCCUUAAUCAAGGAAAUAUUUUGAAUCCUUCACAUCAAUUAAAUGCUGUAUUAACACUAACUAAUUUUUUCAUGUUUCAUAUUAGAGCAGACAUGACAGUUUUUCUAAUUGUAAAAGAUAUAUCUGCUUCAUAUAACAGUUUAUGGAUGUGUAAAUUUGAAUUGAACUUUAAUUUUCAGCAAUCAGGUGGAAUUAUCCAACUUGAUGGUACAAAUGAUACAAGUGAUGAAGAUGAAGAGGAGGAUGAUGAUGGUUUUAUUGACAAUGAAGAUAACAGAGAAGAAGACGACGAACAUAAUGAUGAUGAAAAUGAUGCUGAAGAAGAGGAACCACUUAAUUCUGAUGAUGAUGAUACUGAAGAAGAUGCCACAGAGUUAUUUUACACUGAAAAUGUUGUUGUUUGUCAGUAUGAUAAAAUUGGUCGAAGCAAAAACAGAUGGAAAUUUCAUCUAAAAGAUGGCAUAAUGAAUUUGAAAGGAAAGGACUAUGUAUUUCAAAAAGCUGUGGGAGAUGCAGAAUGGUAGCAGAAAAAUCUUGUUGUCAUUUCUAUCUCCAAACACUUCACAACUGUUAUAAAAUUGAAGAUUUAUUUUAUUGUCUCCUAAUGAAAUAUAUUUUCAUAAAUAGUGAAGAUUUUACUUUUGGAAUAUAUCUUUCUUUGUAAUGUAACAAACUGGAUGAUUUGGACUCUAGCUUUUAUUACCAAUGCUAUUUUAAUUUUACAUAUGAAAGGGACCAAGAUUAAAAUAGUAAUUAAUAUUUUUAUUUAAUUGUAUUGUGUUUCAAUUUUUAAGAUCAUUUCUCAUCUUUAACAUUAUACUGUAAUACCAGGAUUUAUUUUUCAUAUAUCAUGUAUUUUAAAAAUUACAAACAUUUUAUCUCAAUCCAAAGAUUUUUGUCAAUAUAAAAUUACGGAAUUUGAAAGCACGCAGUCUUUAAGUACUAGUAUUAAAUAUCAUGCAAAUUAUUAUUUCAAAAUUUAUCAUAACAGCAUUAUAUUUGAAAUGUUUAUUUUAUUACAGUAUUAUCAUUAGUUACUUUUCACCUUUAGAAAAAAUAAGUUGCUGUAUUAAAAUGAUUUUAUGGAAAUGUUGUUUGCAAAUAUUUAAUUUUUUAAAAAUAUUUUAAUAGAGGUAAGAUACUGUUGUGUAAAUUUAUGCUCUACAAUCUAAACCAAACAAAUGUACUUAUUUGAAUGUAUAAAUGCACUAAAUAUAAUUUUUAUGACAAAUUCUGAUUACUGUCUUCAUAUAUUAUUUACCACUAUAAUAAU